AUGGCUACCUCCGCCGCCGAAUCACCGUCGGCGAAGCGAAGAAGAAUCGACUACGGCAAGGAUACCGCCCUGAUCGAUGGGCUUCCCGACCAUAUAUCAGAGAUUUGCCUUUCCCUCGUCUGCCGUCCGUCGCUACUCGCCGCCGUUUGUACACGGUGGCGCCGUCUCCUUUACUCUCCGAACUUUUCCCCGUUCUCGUCUCUCUACGCGCUUUUCGUCGAUUCAAAUUCGGAUCCAGCUCCGGGUCACGCUCGGGUCAACCCAGCUAUCCGGUUUAUGUGUUUCGACCCGGUUUCUGCGAAAUGGGAUCCGCUUCCUCCUCCUCCGCCCGACCCACCUCUUCACCGGAUUCUCUACCGUCAUCCGUCGUUUAUUUCCUUUAAUUUACCGAUUCAAUGCGUUUCCGCCGCCGGGAAACUCUUCCUCAUCGCCGGAAGUAACCGGGAACUCUCCCCGGCGAUCUCUCACCCUCUAAUUUUCGAUCCCAUCUCAUCUACGUGGACCUAUGGUCCUCCAAUCGGAGCUCCGAGACGGUGGUGUGCUGCCGGAGCUUGCGGCGGAGUUAUCUACAUCGCGAGUGGGAUGAGUUCGCAGUUCUCGUCAACCGUCGCGAAAUCGAUCGAGAAAUUGGAUAUGACGGAUCAAAAUCGGACUAAUUGGGAGAAAUUGCGAGAGAUGAGAGACUUACGGUUUAGCCGGGAAGCCAUAGACGCAGUUGGAUGGAGAAGGAAGCUUUUAAUGGUGAAUGUAAAAGGCGACGCGAUUAAGGAAGGAGCUAUAUACGACGUCGUUAACGACGAUUGGGAAUCGAUGCCGGAGGAGAUGAUGGUUGGAUGGAGAGGUCCGGUGGCGGCGAUGGAGGAGGAGACUCUUUAUUCGGUGGAUGAGAGGAAAGGUACAGUGAGAAAGUACGACGAGGAGAAAAGAGAGUGGGGAGAUGUUGUUAUGGUGAAAGGCGGAGAAGAGAUGCUUAAAGGAGCUCAGCAAGUUACGGCGGACGCCGGAAAACUCUGUGUUGUCACCGUUGACGGAAGAAUUGUUGUGGUGGAUGUUGUGGCGGAACCGGCGAAGAUUUGGACCGUGGAGAUCCCUGAAGGGCUUGAACCGGUUUCGGUUCACGUUUUACCAAGAAUGAGCCGACCGGAUAUUUGCUGA